UUUUUUGCAGAGAUUUGAAUGGCUUCUUCAACAAUCAUCCUAAUCAUCCUGUUUGGAUACACGCCAUGUGUCUUCUCGCAAAUCAACAACACGGACCUGGAAUACCGCCUGCCUAAUAUUUACAUACCAACUCAAUACACACUAAAUUUACAACUCCCGGAGAGUGCCUUCAUGGCAGAAGACAGCGAAUAUUCCGGAUCUGUCUUGAUCGUUUUCAAUGUUUCGGAAACAGUUUCUCAAGUCAAAAUUCACGCCAAUCCUGUUUUACAAAUUACCGGGGUGAAUCUAGUAGGCAUUGGUGAAACAAAUUUUACAGUCGAGGAUGCCACUGAGAUAUUGACUAUCCAUUCAAGCACAGCUCUUCAAGCAGGUAAUACUUACCUUAUAAAUAUAACUUUCAACGGCCUUCUCAGAGCUGAUGAUAUGACAGGAUUGUACAAAAGUAGUUACAUAGACAACACAGCAGGGGUUACCAAAUAUUUGAUAACAACACAGUUCCAGCCAACUAGUGCCAGAAAAGCUUUUCCCUGUUUCGAUGAGCCGUCGUUCAAGGCUAGUUUUACCGUCUCCGUGGAUUGUCCAUCAAAUUUUACUGUUCACUCCAACGCAGCUAUCAGAUCUUCAACGAUUACGAAUGGCACGAAAAGAACCGUUUUUGAGUCAACGCCUCCGAUGUCCACGUAUCUCCUUGCCAUUUUAGUUUCUGAAUUUUCUUGUACCGAAAAAGUAAUUCUUGCCAACAUCACUUCCGCAGUUUGCUCGAGAAACGAAUCCAGUGAGCUGAGAAGUUGGGCAGAAGAAGUAACGCCCAAACUGCUAUCUUUUUUCAACAACUAUACCGGGUUGAAUUAUAAUGAUUAUUUGAGUCAUUUGUAUCAAGUUGCAAUACCGGACUUCGCUAAUGGCGCAAUGGAAAACUGGGGACUUGUUUCAUACAGGGAAGAGUUUUUACUGUGGGACCCUUUAGAAUCUUCCAACCUAUUUAAACAACUGGUUGCCACCAUUAUAUCCCAUGAACUUGCUCAUAAGUGGUUUGGAAAUUUGGUGACUUUGGGAUGGUGGUCUGAGCUGUUUUUGAACGAAGGAUUGGCGACUUAUUUUGAAUAUUUUGCCACUCACGAGGUGUUACCAGAAUUCCAACUUGACAAACAGUUUGUCAUCGAUGUUUUACAGUCUGUGAUGCGGGAUGACAGUGAAAAUAUUUCACCUCUUCAGUCCAACGUUUCAUCUCCAGCCGAAGUGAUGUCCAAGUUCAGCAGAAUAUCUUAUUUUAAAGGUGGGGGUAUUAUCCGCAUGGUAGAACAUAUCAUUGGAAGUAGUGAUUUCCGGGCUGGUAUUCAAGACUAUUUAACUACUAACUGGGAUUCCACAUUCUCAAUUUCUGACAACAGUACUUCACAGUGGUUCAUUCCAAUCAGUUACACCAAAUCGUCGGAUUUAAUGAAAUUCAAUUCUACGUCGCCAAAAGUUUGGUUAACUCCAAAUGGCACGGCAAACAUAACGCUGAUGCAAGGAGAUUCUUGGAUAAUAUUGAACAAUCAAGUGACUGGAUACUUCAGAGUAAAUUAUGACAAUGAGUUGUGGAGCAGAAUAGGAACCGCUCUCAAAUCAGAAAAUUUUAGCGAUAUUCCUGAAAUACACAGAGCUCAAAUAGUCGACGAUCUCUUCAACUUAGCAAGAAUCCAAAAGACAAACUACUCACAAGUAUUCGACUUAAUAGAAUUCUUGGCAAACGACACAUCCUAUUUCAGCUGGAAGGUUGCAUUCGAUGGAUUUAACUUCUUGUUAGAACGAGUUGGAAGCGACUCUGUAUUAGGUCAACAGAUAUCGAAACACCUUUUAAGAUUGAUGACAAAUCUCUAUGAUUCUACCUCAUUUGAUAGACUGAACGACACCUAUCACAUUGACAUUCUGAAACAGGGUUUAACACUAUCUUGGGCUUGCUCUCUAGGGAACAGUCAGUGCAUUGAGGCAUCUCGCAAUAGAUAUUCAUCGUACAAAAUGAAUGGAACAAGGCCCGACAAGAAUUUGAGAAAUAUAGUGUAUUGCAAUGGGUUGAGGGAUGAUACGAGCAGCAGCAAUUGGGACUUUUUAUGGAAUAAAUAUUUGAACACAACUAUAGCUACUGAGAAAAUUACCAUACUUUCUUCUUUGGGAUGUACCAAAAAUGUAACUUUGUUGGAAGGGUACCUCAAUAAAACAUUGAGAAGUGAUUCUGGAAUUCGUCCAAAGGACCGCUUUGAAGUUUUUUCUUCUGUCUUGAAUGGAAACACGAUAGGAAUUGAUAUAACACUCAACUUUUUGGUCACAAAUCCUCUACAAGUUGUUCAAAAAUAUCCAAACUUCAACUCCAUAUCCAGAAUUAUAAGUGAUAUUGCUAACAAAAUUACCACGCAAAACCAAGUGGAUCAGGUAAGUAAAACAAGCUGAUGUCUCAAAUUAUUUACAAUCGAAAACGAUAUGCUGAUGUUUAAAUAUCGUAAACGAACGCCGUAGAAAUUUCUGUCGAAGUCGGUAGCAUUAUUUUCGCUGCUUCUCGAGUGGCGGGGAAUCAUCGUCAACGCUACCAACGGCACUACCACCAGUAUCCCAACCAGUGACACUACCCCCACAGCUAUCACCAAUGGCACCAUUCCCACAACUAUCACCAACACCACCACACCCGCAACUAUCACUAACGGUACCACACCCACAAGUAUCACCAACGAUACCACUUCCACAACUAUCACUAACGGCACCACACCCACAAAUAUCACCAACAUCACUACAUCCGCAACUAUCACAAAUGGCACCACACCCACAAUUAACACCAACACCACUACACCCGCAACUAUCAUAAACGGUACCACACCCACAAUUAACACCAACACCACCACACCCGCAACUAUCACAAACGGCACCACACUCACAAGUAUCACCAACAUCACCACACCCGCAACUAUCACAAACGGCACCACACCCAUAAUUAACACCAACACCACCACACCAGCAACUAUCACAAACGGCACCACACCCACAACUAUCACCAACGACACCACUUCCGCAACUAUUACCAACGGUACCACUCCCGCAAGUAUCACCAAUGGUACCACUCCCACAACUAUCACCAACGGCACCACUUCCGCAACGUCCACUAUCACACCUUCUCCAAUUCCUGCAGGAAGUGAAAGCAUUGUUAAAGUCAAUAGAUUAUCAAUAGUUUCAAUGAUUUUGUGUUAUAUUAUGAUUAUCUAAAAUUACACUCAAAUUCAACAUGUUUACCAUGAUUUCAGGGUCUUCCAGACCAGGGACAUCAUUUCAAAUUAUUAUUUUUCUGUGAAGAUCAAAUGUUAUAAUUUUUUUCCAGGCACGUUCUAAAAGUUCAUAGAAUGUAAAAGAAAAAUAAUAUGUAAAUGAUGAAACCAAUCGAAUCAUCAAAUAAAUACACGUAUUGUUUUUCUUCAUUUAAUAAUAUUCUUGAUUGAAUAUAUUUUCAUCAAAGAAAAAA